AUGGGCGCGGCGCGGCGCGGCGCGUCAGUCGCGGCGCGGCGCCCGCCUCGGCCGUCGGUCUUGCCACUACUCACCGGAGAGCUUCCCAAGGCUACAGCGAAGGCCAAGUGCGGUGGGACGUCCUAUGCCAAACCUUAUAUACCCGCAGGCGCCCGACUUCGACAGGGUGUCAUCCAACGUUGUUGUCUGCGGGGACGACAUGACGAAAAUUCCUCGGAGGAGAAAGCUGGGCAGAAGCUGAGCCUGAAGGAUGUACUUCCCAAGACAGUCUGUUUGGACUGCUGUGCAAAGUUGAACCAGUGCUCUGACUUUUUUGAUGCAAGUGCAGAAGCCCAAGUGGCUCUGCAUAUGCUAUUCCGAGAGCCUAAAGAGGAGGUAACUGCUACUAGUAGUGACCAGAAUCUUGAGCCUCCUCAGGAAGACUAUUUACAUUCUCCAGUUCAAGAGAGUCAUGCUCUUGAGGAGGAAAACUACAGUGAUGAGGAAGCAGAAUUGCCGUCUGAACAAGAUCAUGGGAAUACUGCACUAACAAACAUCUCUUCUGGCAGACCAGAGGAUGACCAGGACACUGGACCUGGCUCCAAGCGGAAGCGUCGUGUCCCCAUACGUUGGGCUUUGGAGCUGAAGUCUGGUGAAGAAGCAAGUGGAGUAGUGCUUCAGACAUCAUCCUCAAAUUCCAGUUAUCUUCACUUGGAAACUGCUCGACACAGCAUCAAGGCAAAAAUGGAGGCAGCUUCUGAAGAGAGGUCUUCAUCAGACAUUGUACCAAACGUGCCAGAUACAGGUCAAACAACAUCACCUGCUGAAGUAGCAAGCAGUGUUGAUACAGUGCCAUUGGAGCCCCAGGGUCCAAAUCCCAGGAAACGCAGGGAUGGCUGGGAGCUGUAUCCUUGGAUGUGUACAGAUUGUUCUCAGGAAUUGCCUAGUAUGCAGGCACUACGCACACAUCACCAAGCAGUUCACAAUCAAGCUCCCCGCUUUAUGUGUGCUCAGUGUUCUAAAGUUUACACCAAAUACUAUGGUUGUGAAGAGUGUGGAAAGUGUUUCUCAAAUAAAAAAGUCUUGGAAUCUCACCGUGCUACCCAUUCUGAUGCACGCCCCUUUGUGUGCACAGAAUGUGGAAAGAGCUUUCGUCAGCAGAGUGCUCUGUAUGUUCAUAAUCGCUCCCAUAUGCCUGAGAGUGUCAAGAACAGGUACCCUUGUGACCAGUGUGACAAGCGGUUUUCAACAAAGCCCAACCUUGUCACUCAUAAACGAAUCCAUACUGGCAUUCGCAACUUCACAUGUGAUCAAUGUGGGAAGAGCUUCAUCCAAAAGGGCAAUCUGGAUGCACACUUGCUGACACAUUCUGUGGACAAACCACAUAUUUGUCCCAUCUGCAACAAAGGAUUCAAGACUCCACUGCAGCUUCGAAAGCAUCAAACUGUUCACACAGGUGCCAAGCCUCAUCAGUGUGAUGUUUGUGGACGCCAAUUCCGAGAACGUGGAACACUUCGAGAGCAUCAUCGAAUCCAUACAGGAGCUAUGCCUUUCACAUGCGAAUUUUGUGGCAAAAGCUUUCGCUUCAAGGGCAUUCUUACAACUCAUCGGAGACAGCACACAGGGGAACGACCUUACAGCUGUUUGGAGUGUCAGCAUCAUUUUACCAACUGGCCUAACUACAACAAACACAUGAAGAGGCGUCAUGGUAUCAAUACCAGUCACCAGCCAGAUCCUAACAAGAUUGCUUUGGCCAACCUAGCCAGUGCUGGAAACAGUGCAAAUGUUGGACCAACUAAUACCACUCCUGCAACAACUACUUUGUUAGUGAUGCGCCAGCAGCAAGAACAACAUCAACAUCCACAUCCACAACAUCAGUCACAACCUCAAACUCCUGGAACUCCUGCAGAGCACUGCCAAGCUAUUUUAGGUUUAGCUUCAGAUUUGCUGGAUCACCCGACUCUUCCAACAGGAGCACCACCUGUACAGUACAAUCAUCAUCCAGGAAACUUUCCUAAGUUGAAUCAUGAAGGACCCAAUGUUUCUAUUGAUUUAAAAUAUUAUUCAAAUAUAUUAUUUGUUAUUGGCAUGAUAAUAAUGUGUAUAUUAUGGUUGAAAAUAAAUGAUCAUUUAUUAAAUUAUUUUGAAACAGCUUCCAACGUUUUUGAUAUUUCA